UCAUCGGAAUUCGAAACACAAGACUGAAAAAAUUGGCGUGCUUUUUAGUUUUUAGUUGUGUCUUGUGUGCGAGUUUUUCAAAUUAAACAGAAUAAUAAUUUCUAAACGCUAGAUUCAUUAAAAUUUUUGAAAAGUUUUGAAUAUGAAAAUGGAAAUUCCGGGAUUUAUUGGUGUUCACGUCGGAGCCGGAAAGUAUUCAGAAGCAUCAGCACCUACUUACGAGAAACUGUGCAGAACAGCAUGCAAAAAAGGCAUAGAAAUCCUGAAAAGCGGCGGAACAGCCUUAGAAGCUGCAACCUACGCAACAGCUAUUUUGGAAGAUGCGUCGAUCACAAACGCUGGAUUUGGAUCGAAUUUAACGAUAGAUGGGAAUGUGGAAUGUGACGCCAGUGUUAUGGACGGUUCUACUUUACGAUACGGUGCAGUUGGAGCUUUAUCUGGGGUAAAAAAUCCGGUACUUUUGGCGAAAAAGCUGUGCUGUAAUCAAAGCGAACCGAUGGAGUUGGGAAGAAUACCGCCAUGUGUUCUGGUGGGUCAUGGUGCUUAUGACUACGCUCAACAUUGUUCAGAUAUAAUUACCGUGCAUCCGGAAUCUCUGGUCUCAAAAAACGCUCUAAAAUUACACACCAAGUAUAUGAGGCAGCUUGGAAGUCGUAAUUUUGAUGCAGAGGACGUGAAAUGUGAUAGACUGGACACCGUCGGUGCGGUUGCAAUUGACGGUAAAGGACACACUUCAGCGGCUUGUUCGAGCGGAGGAAUUUUACUCAAACAUUCCGGAAGAGUUGGCCAAGCUGCCAUGUACGGUUGUGGUUGCUGGGCCGAAGAUGGAUCCCAAGGGAAUGCUGGUGUCGCUGUAACUACUUCCGGCUGUGGCGAACAUAUUAUGAAAGCGAUGCUUGCUCGAGAUAUCGCCGGAGUGAUGAGUAAACCAACUACGAUGCCAUGUGUGACGUUAAAUGAAAGCAUGAAUAAGUGCUUUUUAGAAUCAAAUUUCCUCAGAAACAUCGAUGAAAAGUUAUGUGGAAUGUUGGUUAUUCGAUGGAAUGGCGAAGAUGGCGAAUUCCUCUGGGCUCAUACGACUCCAGCUCUAUGUAUAGGAUACAUGAAUACGAAUAGCAAGAAGGCAAAAAGUCGUCUCAGUUGCUUACCAGCUACAGCUCAAGCUGGAAAAACGGUCGUAGUGGAAGGAAUUUCGAUGUCGGAAAUGAAUUAAAAUUAUUUCCAUACAUCUUUACAAAUUCUUCUAGUCCUUUCAUUCUCCAUUUCAUUUCAUUACUUUUAUGUAAACGUAGAUUAUUGAAUAUUGUGAUAUAUGAUUUAUUAAGCGAACUGUAAUAUUUCUCACUUUUUAUUGAAUCAUUACAACGAUUGUUUAUA